GAAACAUCCCACACCUCUCUUUCUCGGUCAAAUAUAUCCGUAAUAUUUUCACUUUCCCCUUUCCAAGGAUCAACCUUGUCUGUAACAACUUAGUGAUAAUAAUCUUGAUCCUCUUUUGGUUUUCUGCUAUCUCCUUACUGCUUGUAAUUACUAUGCAUCCUUGGGCAUUUUUUAGAACACCUAAGCAAGCAAUCCGAGCGCUUGCCGCUCAUAAUCCAAUAUUUCGUUCCAUCUUCACCAAAUCGAAUGGCCACCAAUUAGAUGUUGGGUUCGGCGGUUCCAAUGGAUAUAGAAAAAAUCGAAUAGUUGUUGAAUCACUGUCUUCUGGUGUCAUUAUUGCUUGCUCAACCUUAGCCGUCUAUUAUAUUUCAUCCCCUUCUCAUAAUGAUUCUCAUAUUUGUUAUGCUAAUUCUGAAAGUAGAAGGGAAGAGCCAGGGAAAAAACCCACGUUUUUAUUUGGAGAUUCAUACCGAAAAAAAGUUUUCUUCAAGUAUGAGAAACGGUUGAGACUGCAAAGUCCUCCUGAAAAGGUAUUUGAGUACUUUGCAUCUUACCGAACUCCAAGUGGCGAAGUGUAUAUGACUCCAGUAGACUUAAUGCGAGCGAUUGUUCCAGUGUUUCCUCCAUCAGAAACAAGUGGUGUUAGAGGGGGCUAUCUCAAAGGAGAAUCAGCUUCCAGCGACCUACAUUGUGCUCCUUCACAAUUUUUCAUGCUUUUUGAUACCAAUAAUGAUGGACUUAUAUCCUUUCCUGAGUAAGUAUUUCAUGCAUCUCAAUGUUGCUAUUGAUUAAUGCCACAUGUCUAUCGUAUUUUUUAUAGGCUAGGAUCCAUCCUUAUUGUCCAUUUUAAUGAUAAGAAUCAAAAAAGAAAUAAAUAAAUAAUAAAGGGAAAAAAUAAGC